GCAAAAAUAUUUAUCGGCAAUUGAGUUAAUUUCAUUGUAUCUAGAAUUUCUAUUGCCGCAAAAUCCUUAAUUUGUUGCACAUACGCACAUCUUAACUUAUUGCUUCCCACCAACACAAAUACCGAAAAACUCUUCUCCAAAAUUUCCAUGAUAUUUUAUUUGUCAAUGCAUUCUAUACUACAGUAACUCCUUCUAAUUAAAGUGUUAUAAAUAGGUUCCCAGCUCAUUCUCUUCCAAACUACACUUUGUCCUAAGCUAGCUACAACAAUAUCUCUCUCUUCCUUAAUUCUCAUUCUCUUUGUUGAAGUGGUCUUUCUGGCACAAAAAAUGGGAACAGGAAGUUCUCCUUGUGCUUCUUGCAAAUUGCUAAGGCGUCGGUGUGCCAAGGACUGCAUCUUUGCCCCUUACUUCCCUCCUGAUGAUCCCCACAAGUUUGCCAUUGUUCACAAGGUGUUUGGUGCUAGCAAUAUUAGCAAGAUGUUGCAGGAACUUCCAAUACAGCAGAGAGCAGAUGCAGUAAGCAGUUUAGUGUAUGAAGCAAAUGCAAGAGUAAGAGAUCCUGUUUAUGGAUGUGUUGGUGCCAUUUCUUUUUUACAGAAUCAAGUUUCUCAGUUACAAAUGCAGCUGGCUGUAGCCCAAGCAGAGAUAUUAUGCAUUCAGAUGCAACAAGAACCUGUUCCCUGCAGUUUGCCAACAACUCUAAUGGAACAAGAAUUAGAUAAAUCACCAUUUUUAACAAUUAAUAAUAAUAACUCUACUAAUAAUAACUUCAAUAAUAAUCUGCAGCAAUAUCUCAGUUUUGCUUCCUCUAGCAGUUCUAUAAUGCAAGAUCCUGUAAAGAGAGAGUCUCUCUGGACAUAAACUAAACUAGGCACCUCUUGUUUACUUAAUUAAUUUGGUCAUCUUGUUAAUGUAGCUGGUAGUUAGAUGUUUUGGAGUACUUGUUAAGUAAUGAAAUGCCUAGCAUUUGGACGGCUGGCUUGUC